AUGAAACGUCUUUCGCAGGCGCUGCUGGCGUUUGCUCUUGCUUCUGGGAUCCACGCAGAGGUACAGGAGACGGUUCGCGUUCUCUCGACAAAGACCGAGACCAGUACCGUAACGAUCACACAGGAAUUGCCUGCCGUGACAGAAAAGGCAGAGAAGAAGUUACAUGCUCAACUCAUUGAGCAUCUUCCUCCACAUCCACCUGGUGUGCCUGCACCUGCGCCUGUGCCUCCGCCACCACCACCUCCUCCUCCGCCGCCGCCAUCUGAACCACUACUGUUACCCCCCAAUCCCCAACAGGAACCCCACGAUGCGCCUCAUCAUAACCAUAAGCCGCAUCUUCAGCCUGAAACUCAUCUCCAGAAGCGCCGUUCAGGAAUUUCUUAUUCCCCUUACAGAGCGGACCGAAGCUGCAAGACCCAAGACGAAGUCAACAAGGAUCUAGACCGAUUAACCGACUAUUCAUUCGUUCGCAUCUACGGCACAGACUGUGACCAAACCAAAACCGUAGCAGCAGCAGCUCGCCUCCACAAAAUGCAAGUCUUCGCCGGCGUCUACGACCUCACCGACUUCCCCAACAGCCUCGACGCAUUCGAAGACGCCGCAACAACAAAAGAUGGCAAAAAAGACUGGUCCGUCUUCCACACCAUCACCGUCGGCAACGAGCUCGUCAACGGCGGAACCGAGGCCCCUGGAAAGGUCGCCGGCGCAGUUACACAAGCCCGCACUAUCUUACGAGGAAAGGGUUAUAAAGGACCAGUGGUUACGGUCGAUACGUUCUCCGUGCAUCUCAAACACCCGGAGCUUUGCGAGGCAUCAGAUUACUGUGCGGCCAACUGCCACGCUUUCUUCGACGCGACCCAACAACCGCAUAAUACAGGACCCUACGUGCUGGAACAAGCCCACGCGGUCUCAGAUGUUGCAGGCGGAAAGCGAACCAUGAUCACCGAGUCCGGCUGGCCUCAUGCGGGCGAGUCGAAUGGCGCGGCUGUUCCUUCGCAAGAGAAUCAGCGGGUGGCGAUUGAGAGUUUGAGACGCAGUUUUGCGCAUAGGAAGGAUGAUCUGGUUUAUUUUACUGCGUUUGAUGAUCGUUGGAAGGAUGAUAAUCGGUAUACCUUCAGUGCGGAGCGGUUUUGGGGCAUUUAUGAUAGAUAA